GAAUCAGUGUAAUUUCCACCAUCAAACCAUCCACUAAAUUGUGUAAAAAGUAAACAUAAUCCCAACACAACACAAAACAAAUAUAUAUACCAGAACCGCACAAUGGCUAUCGGAAAUUGCAUCUUGGGUUUACUCGUUAUAUCGUGUUCUAUUCAAACAAUUGUUUGCCAAAUUGCAACCGCCUGCGCUGGCGUACCGAAUGGCACAUUCGUUAGGAACUCUAAUUCGUGUCGUGCAUAUUAUUAUUGUGAGAAUGGUGAAGCACAUGGAAGCGAAUGUCCCGAAAAUUAUCUAUUUGAACCAAUCCAGCAAGUUUGUCAUCUGCCGAGCUAUGUUGAAUGUACCGGAUGCUCUCUAUAUGGUCUACAGAACAUACCCCAUCCGAUGGAUUGUACCAAGUAUUAUCAAUGUGUUGCAGGCGUAAGAACGUUAAAAACAUGCGGAACGAAUCUUCUUUUCGAUAAGUCAAUAGGAGACUGUAAUGCAGCUAGCAAAAUACAAUGUGUAAUGGAUUAUACGCAAGUUUGUAGCGAAUUCGCUGGAUACGUUAAAUUUGGUGACCCAAGCGAUUGUUCAAGGUAUUAUACUUGUUUGUAUGGUGUUGCUUAUCACCAAUCCUGCGCUCCUGGUCUUUACUUUAAGCCACAAAUCUCUGCUUGUACUUUCCCCGAAGAGGACGACUUCUGUCAGGAUGGUGGUGCGCUAGUUCUCCCGAGUGUUGAUUCUGACUGAAUGGUUGACUUAACUUAAUGAAUUUUCAAUUUUUUAAAUUUUUAAUGUUAUUUUUGAGAAUAGUUUAGUAUUAAAGAUAAAAGCCAGAUGAUAUAAAUGAAAGACGGUCAAUUGUUGGUAAUAAAUGUAGUCGAGCUAAACAUAUUAUGACGCAAUUUUUGCUGAGUGUCAAAAAACAACAGGAUGUCAACUGUGAUUUUUAUACGAAGAAAUCGAUUGCUUGUGGGCAUUGAACAAUGUAAGCCAAUCAACUAAUUAGAUGAUGCAAACACCACAUAUUGAGCACUCAAUAAUUGCCACAGAAAUUUCAAAUUAAUUUUUUAAAAGAUGGCCACAUGAAUAUCUACAUUUUUUACCAAUCUAUCUUCUUAUUAAGCAUGAACGAAGACGAAAAAAAAACCUAAUGCUAAAAAACUUAUACAAUAGAAAACGGGUUUGAAGCUGUAUCAUACUACGUACAUAUUACCGAGAAAAAAAUUACUUGAGAAAUAAACAAAUUCUUUUAUAAAAAAUUA